AUGGCAGCUUAUGGAGCUGCAGCAUUUCCUCCGCAAGCAGCAAAUGCUGCGCAAGGAACUACUGAUCCGAAUGCAUCCGUUGCUGUGGCUGCAACUUACCAGCAAUAUGAUCCAGCAGCAUUAGCGCAGUAUCAACAGGCAUGGCAGCAGUACUAUGCAGCAGUAGGGCAGGCUGGCAUAGCAGGUGGAGUUCCGGGAGUUGCGCCACCUGGAGCUGGAUCCGUACCAACAGCCAUACCGCAGGGAGUACCAGCAGCCACAGCUGAUCCUAAUGUCGCUCAUAAUUAUUCGGGAUAUUUCGCGCAAACGGGGGCUCCUCAAGGACAAAAUGGAGCAUCAGUACCAGCAUAUGGUAACACUUCAGCCCCAGCUUAUGGUGUACCACAAGGAGGUAGAAGGGGUGUACCACAACACGGUGGUUCUGUGACAGGCAAAAGUGCUUAUGGUUAUGAAGAUGACCAUAUCGGUCGAGGUGGUUACGGAGAUGGUGGUGAACGUUAUAGUGGUCGUGAUGAUCGAGGAGGUCGUGAUGACCGUGGAAGUCGAGGGGGUUAUGAUAGAGACCGUGGUGGUUAUGGAGAUAGGGACAGAGAUCGUGGUAGUCGUGAAGACAGAAGUGGACGAGAUCGUCCGAGUCGUUGGAGCGAUGAACGUGAUCGUGGGGGAUCAGGCAGUGAUGACUAUCGAAGCGGACCGGGCGCUGGAGGCCCGGGCGCUCGUGGAGGCUAUCAAGAUAGAGUUGGGCCUCGUUCUGGUGGUGGAUAUGGAGUUGGAUCACGUGAUGAUCAAAUCGAAGUUCGGGAAACUGUCUUCAUCCAAGGGAUACCCGUGACAGCAAAUGAGCAAUUUAUUGCUGAUGUGUUCAGUACUCAAGGAGAUAUAGCGCGUAACGAGCGUACUGGUGAGCCACGGAUUAAGAUUUAUACUGAUCGUGAAACAAAUCAGCCGAAAGGCGAAUGCACAAUUACAUUUGUCGACGCGAAAACUGCUGAAAGAGUGAUUAAUGUUUAUAAUGGACAAUGUUUUCCGGGAAGUGAACAGUGCAUGAGUCUCAGUUUUGCAAAAUAUAAAACAGACAUUUCGCGAGGUAGUGGAGUUAGAGGCGGCCGCGGCGGUUUUGGUGGUGAUCGAGGAGGACGUGGCUUUGAUAGAGGUGGAAGAGGAGGUGGUUUUGGUGGUAGAGGACGAGAUGAAGGUGGAUAUGGAGGCGGUAGUGGAGGUCGUUACAAUGAUCGUGAUGGUGGCGGACGUGGCGGUCGUUUUGGUGGCGGUGGGCGAGGUGGUUUUGAUGACAGAGGAGGCUAUGGUGACAGGGGAGACAGAGGAGGACCUUUCGGUGGUGGGGGAUUUGGCGACCGAGGAGGACGCGGUGCCAGGGGUGGAUACAGUGGACCGCGUGAUGAUUAUGGGAGAGAUGGUCGUGGAGGUGGAAGAGGUGGUCGUGGUGGUGAUAGAGGUAGUCGAGGUAACGACAGAGGAGGUCGUGGAAGAGGACGAGGCUCGGGGACUGGAGCUAAUACGGAGCCACGACCCAACGAUUGGUCAUGCGAUGGCUGUGGCAACACUAAUUUUGGUUUCCGACAAGAAUGCAAUCGAUGUCACGCUCCUCGACCUGGUGGUGGCAACAGUGGCAUAGGACCGAUGCGAGGUGGUGGUGGACGAGGACGCGGCGACCGAUCAGCUCCUUACUGA